AUGUCGGUGCCAGACGCAUCACCCGCGCCAGCUGCGCCAGCUGCGCAGCUCGCCGCUGGUCUCGACGAAGAGACCGCCGCGCUCGCCGCCGACGUUCUGCCCGUAUUCACCUCGGCAGCCGCGGUGCACGACAUCUGGUCGCACGAGCGCGUCGACUCGAUCGCGCGACGCCGGACGCUGAUCCACGGCCACAAGCUCUUCUUCGACGAGCUGCUCUCCUUUGCUUCCGUCGAUCCCGCGCUCUACCCGCCGCGCUCCGACGACCAGCUCGCCGCCCUUCUGCGCGCCAUCUUCAAUGCCACCUCGCUCGACUACCUCAAGCAGCUCUCGCUCGUCUACUACCUCCUCCUCGAUCUCGACGCAUUUUCCCAAACGCACGGCCAGAACCAAGGCGCAGCAGACCGCUUUGCCGAUACAUACGUCGUGCUGCCCCAGUUCACCGACGCCAUGAAUGGCUACUGGCUGCUCGACAACGACGAGUACGAUCGCGCCAUCCCUUUCCUCGCCAUCGCCGACUUCAUCCCCAAGAUCGUGCGCACGCUCUUCCUCGCUCCGGACGCAGACUCGCGCACCGAGGUGGCGCGUGCCAAGCUCCUCCUCCGCUUCCUGCGCACUUCGAACCAGCCCUCCUCGUCCGCGCCUGGCUCCGAGCCUUUUCUUCAGGAGGUGGAGAUGCACAUCCAGGCGCUCUGCUUGGUCAGUGGUCCCAGUCGCGCCUUUGCCGAGAUCCGCGCGCUCACCUCGGCCAUCCUCGACGACGAGGCGCACAGGGUCGCCAUCCGCGCGCGCCUCAUCUUCAAGGUGCUCGAGCUCUGCUUUGCGCCGCCGCGCCCCGCCGCCAUCCGCAACCUGCUCGCGUGCAGCCUGGAUGCGGAGGAGGAGGUGACGCUCGAGAGCUUUGUGCUUGCGCCGCCGCCCGCCAUGACUGCCACGUGGAGUUAUGCCGCCGCUGACGUGCUCAUCAUCCGAUACAUCAGCCAGGGCCGAUACAUGGACGCUGUGGGGCUCGACCGUAGGCUCGGUCCUGAUGUCAGCCAGGGCCACUCGGGCGCAAAGGACGCGCAGCAGCGCAGCAAGAUGAUGGAGCAGCGCAAGCGCAUGAUCGCUGGAGCACGCGAGAUCCUGCCCGAGGUGCAGAAGGAGCUGCUGCGCAUCGAAGAGUCGGUCGAGAUUAGCGGCACCGGCGCCGGCGCGGCCAAGCAAGAGCAGCCCAGCCCUUCCGCAGACGGGCUCGGGGCCAAGCUCAAGCACGACGCGCUUGACGAUGUGUCGAUCCGCACCGCGACGGUGCCGACGCCGCUCACCGCUUCGCCGGCUGCGAGGAGGUCGGCGCAGCACACGCCGUCGACGCAGGCGGCCAUCCUCUCGGCGGUGGUGCGCGCAUCCGCCUCGCCCUCGGCACCCAAUACGCCCAGCCGCGGCGCUGCGCUCAAUGCGGCGUCUCCAAGCGGCGCCUCGGUCAACGGCACGCCGGGUCGCAGCUCGGCGUCGCCGCACCCGGCUGCGAUGCUCGGCUUCCUCGCCAAGAACGCGCUGAGCGGCACGAGGAGCGGCGGCGACUCGGCGGACGCCGCUUCUACCGACGAGGCGAUGGACGACGAGACCGAGCUCGAUGGGUCUGCCGUGCUUGUUGCGCGACCGGGCGACACGGACAAAGUCGCCUCGCCCGCACAAACCGUGCAGCCGGCGUCGCCGUGGCGAAACCAGCCGAGUCUGACGUCGAGCAGUCCAUUUUCGGGCCUGCCCAAGCUGCCGCGUGGUGCGAUGGGCGGCGGUACGGCGGGCUCGGUGGCGUCGGGAUCGCGCUCGCCGCACCAGGGCAGUCCGCGCGGCUUCCAACCGGCCAGUACGUCGCCGUUCGCAGUGAGCGCACGCAGCUCGCCCACCGUGCCCGCGCGCAGUAAGCUCGGGGGCGCUUUGGCGCUCGUCUCGCAGCACGGCAAGAAGAGCCGCUUGGGUCGGGACGCCGUCGAGAUCGAGUCGGACUCGGAGGCGGAUGCGGAUGGUGUCGAGCAGAGCGAGGAUGGAGCGGACGAGACGUUUGUGCAGCGCAGUGGGUCCAAGGCAGAUGUCAGCAUUGGACGUCUGGUGCCUGGACGACGGGGAUGGAACGAGGCUGUCGAGGAGGAGGUUGAGGCGCAACCGCCCGCGAAGCGACGUACGCGCAAGGAGGCUACGCCGAGCAAGUCGCGCAUGACGCGCUCGCGCACCGGCGUGCAGCUCGACACCUCACCAGCAAAGCUGAGUAAGAGUUGUACCGAGACCGCGCUGGCGGGCAAGCGGACGACGCGCUCGACGAGUGCAGCGAACCGCAAGCCGCUCACGCUGUCGAACCUGGAGCAGCACGAGCGUGAGGAUGAAGCUGCAGUGCCGAUUGCGCGCCGCACGCGUGCAGCCACUGCCGAGCUCGAGAGCGUUGCGGGUAGUCAGGCGGACGGUGCGCCGGCAAGUACGAUCUAUACCAUCAGUGAGGCGGGCGAUCUCGACGCCAAACCCUCAAAGAGCUCCAAAAGGGUUCCUACGGCACGGAGUGGCGUUCGUAGGUCUACUCGGCUCAGCAGUGUUGAACCCGAACCGGUCGAGAUGAGCGAAGUUUCUUCGCCUGCCAAACGACGCGGUGGAGCCAGGCGCACACUCGGCACCAAGAUGCCCGGAAGUCUAGAGUAG